UGACGAUCGUCGAUUUUUAUUUCAACACCCAAACCUAAAAGAUAAACAACACCAAUAUAACCGAUCCCGUAUUAUCUUAUAAGCUUUGUCGCGCGACAAGUUUGAGCCGGACACUAUACCGAAAGAUCAGAACAAUGGUCAUCUCCUUGUUUCGCCGCAAAACGAGCGUAUCAUCGAAACCGCAGUCAUCGUCCGUGAAAGGCAAGAUUUUGAGACGCGGAUUCGGCGGUAGCAGGUUAUUCGCCCCAUUAACGCCUCUUCCAAAACUGGCCUGCGACUUGUUCCUCUUAUCCGUGAGGAUCGCACUGGUUAUUCUGCUGUCCACUGCGAGAUUAGUUGUACCGCCGUCUAAGAAAAGCUUGCUCGGAGAAACUGUUUUGAUUACAGGAGCAGGUCACGGAAUAGGACGGGAACUGGCCAUGCAAUUGGCAGCUCUCGGCUGCGUCGUCGUCUGCUGGGACACCGAUGUCGAGGCUAAUCGUGACACUAUGAGCAUCAUCUCUAAAGACGGCGGCGAAGUUCACGGCUUCGUAGUGGACGUGUCGAAAAGGGUGGAGGUACGAGAGGCAGCCAAGCUUAUGAGGAAAGCUGGAAUACCGGAUGUCAGUAUUCUCGUCAACAAUGCGGCUAUUUUGAUGCACCAACCCUUUCUUGAACACAAGGACGAAGACAUUCAGAAAAUAUUCGAUGUCAAUGUUUUGUCGCAGUUUUGGACACUGCAGGCAUUUUUGCCAGCCAUGUUACAGAACAAGAAAGGACACAUAGUAUCCAUGUGCAGUAUGUGCGGUUUUUAUGGAGUACUGAACAAAGUUCCUUACUGCUCGUCCAAGUUCGCGAUUAGAGGGCUCGUGGAAGGACUGCACGAAGAGCUUAGGUUAGCUGCCGAUAGUUCAAACAUCAAUUUCACAACGGUCUACCCUUUUUACGCGGAUACCGGGCUGGCGAAGGAUCCUAAAUAUAGAUUUCCGUACAUAUUCGGCGCAGUAUCCCCAAAAUACGCUGCGGGUGAAGUGAUUCGUGCUAUUCAACGAAAUUACGAAGAAUGUUCUAUUCCUCGAUGUCUCCUAUACUUGGAUGUUAUCAAUAGAGUUUUACCGAAACGAGCGAUGCGACUGAUAAUUGACUUUUUAGCUAAUGUCAAGCGAUAGAAUGAUACGUUAUACAGAUGAUGAUCUUUGAUAUAGACUUUAAGACGUUUGAUGAUGCAUGUAUUUUUCAUACGUAGAAUAUUUUAUAGGAAUCGGCAUAUUUUAUAGCGCUGAAAUACGAAAUAUAAAAUUGAUCAAAAGAA